AUGUACGCGGUUGUGGCGCGCAGUCAGCUAAUUGACGCUGGUCGGUUAAGGCUUAAGCUCAAGUGCUCUCGUCAGUUCCCGUGUACAAGCUGUGUGAAGAAAGGAUGUGCACAGAUCUGCCCUGACGGUUCCCUCACAACGGGAAAGGGGAACAGAUUCGUUCUAGCGAACACCGAGGUUCUCCACGAAAAGAUAACUACGCUGUCCAAUCGCGUCAGGCAGCUGGAAGAUGCGCUGCAAGAAACAUACAGCCAGAUUUCGCUCGAACAACACCCUCUGCUAUCGGACGACCUUCUGCAGAUCAAAAGGCCCCUGGAAAGGGAGACUCCGGAGGAACUUUCCCAGGAACCAGAAGCCGACACUACCGACGCUAUCGACGCCAUCGGCUCGUUACGUAUCUCCAAUUCUGGCCAUACCAACUUCUUUGGCACUACUGCCAAUGCCUGGUACCUGUUGCAGAAUGAAGAAGAGGACGAGGAGGCGGUUGAGAGCCAGCAGGGCGUUCUACACGCAGACGAGCCCUGGCUUAGCUCCACAUUCUUAUUCUCGUCGGGUGUCGCGGCGGACACCACCAUAAACAUUCGGCAGUCAUUGAUAGGCCAUCUACCAGGGCUUACGGAAGCCCGUCGCUUAAUUGAACUCUACUUCAGGCAUGCUGCAUGGAUGUAUACGCCAGUGCCGGAGACUGAAUUUCAUACGAGUAUUAUGCCGCGAUUUUACGAGCAAUCAUCCUUCGUUGAUCAAGAUUCUAUGGAGUCGCACAAGCUCGCGAUAGUGUACUUUGUAUCAGCCUUAGGGUCGUUACUUGAUCUCGACAAACCUUCCUACGACACAUUGGAAGCCACACGUUUUUAUCAGCUUGGUCGAAUUGCUCUCUCACAACACUCAAUAUUAGAACACCAAACCAUUCCCGCGAUACAAGCGUUGAUUCUGAUGUGCCACUUCAUGUUCUUGUCUCAUAUUGAAGGCCCAAGAUGGGCUUUAAUGGGACUCGCGGUCAAAUUGGCUAUGACUCUCGGUCUUCAUCGCGAUGGGAACAAAUGGAAUAUGGACCCCGACGAAGCGUUCAAGCGGAGAAUGUUAUUCUACGAACUUCUCACUUAUGACUCAUGGCAGUCUCUCACCUUCGGCAGGCCCCCUUCUCUCUCGAUGGCAUUCGUCGAUUGCCAGAUUCCCGAGAGCGUGAUCACCAAAACAGAUCAGGGCGAACCCGAAAUGAGCUUCAGUGCCUGGAAGCAUCGCUUCGUAUCUCGAUGCCAGAGCAUCGUGCACGAACAGGCGUUUGGAGCCCGGGUAACUAGCUAUCGUACCAUUUUAGAGCUUGACAAGAAAGUGCGAGAAUUCUACUUGCCCCCUUCUCUCAGGAUCCCGGGCUUCGGGGGGUCCAAGGGUGGGCCGCAAACUGCACAACCUCUAGAGCUUACCAUGCAAGCGCAUUGUGCAUUCUCAAUCAGGGAGAUCACAAUCUUCUACAUGCACCGCGGAUUCUUCGCCAGCGCGUUGCAGGAAAAUCCGGAAGAUCCCCUCGGCAGCAGAUAUGCACAAUCUGUCCUUGCCGCUUACAAUAGUGCUUGUGCCUACGUUGGAUUAACCAAAAGUCUACACUCACGAUUGCCAGCACUCAUGGAGCGUAUGUGGUUUUACUUCACUCACGUGUUCUCUUGCGCGAUUGUUCUUGGCGCUAUCGCAUCGAAGAGUCCAAGUAUACCACUCGCACGAUCUGCCCUUGUGAACUUGGAUUCGGCUUGUAGUCUCUUUGAAGAUAUGAAACACAACCCGCGUGCGCAGAAAGUCCUUCCUGUCUUACGCAAGCUGAAGAGCAGGGCUGAGGCGUCCAUGGCUGAAUAUCACUCGAGAGCCUCUGUUUCGCGGAAUAUUCCUCAGACGGUCGUGAAGGAUGAUGAGGAAUUCGCUGCCCUCGGCGGGAAGACGCGAUUAGUAUCUCGCAAGUCGCCCUCUCUACCUUCCCCGACGAUAUCCCACGGCAGCCGUUCACAAGGCAGCCUCAGUCCGCGCGACCUGUCUGACCAGUCAUCGCCGCAGAGCGUUGUGCCCCCUGCCAGUGGACCUCUGCAUCAUCCCAAUAUAGAGGUCCCGGCUACGUGGCAGCACGGCUACGCUCACUCGCCUGAGAUGUACGGAUAUCCAUCGUAUGCGCCCUUUGCGAGCUCCGCACAGUACUGGCAACCAGACAUCGGUCAAGUGGGGAUGCAGCAGAGCCUUGAUCAACACGACAUGAACCAGCAAAUCAUGGGCAUGGAUGUGUCGGCCAUUCAGCACGCAGCUUAUGCCCACGUUGAUCCAAUGGCUGCGCAGUACAUGGGGACUUACACUUCUGAAGGAGGCUCGCCAGUUGGGCAGAUGCAACAGCAUGAUACCCAGUGGCACAAUCUGUGGGCCCAGUUUAAUCAACCGUAG